AUAGAAACCACUGUUGGACGCCAAUAUUUGUUUCACUUUGUAACUUCUCAUUCCACUAUAAAAAUGAGAAUCGUUAGCAAGUAGUCAUUAAGCAAUCAUUCUUCUCAUAACAGAAAAAAGAACUCUGAAAGCAUAAAGAACCACAAUGUCUAACACAAAGGCUGUUAUUAAAAAUGCUGAUAUGGCAGAAGAUAUGCAACAGGACGCUAUCGAUGUGACGUCACAAGCCUUAGAGAAAUUCAACGUAGAAAAAGAUAUCGCAGCCUUCGUAAAGAAAGAAUUCGACAAAAAAUACAACCCAACAUGGCACUGUAUCGUAGGACGAAAUUUUGGAUCGUACGUCACCCAUGAAACGAAAAACUUCAUCUACUUUUAUUCGGGUCAAGUUGCAGUGUUAUUGUUCAAAUCUGGUUAAUUUUCAUUGUGUAACUCGUGUGUUUCGUAAAAUUCGAACAACGAAAUGAACUCAGCAAAUUAUUUAUACACAUUUAAGUUAUUAAUGUUGAUCUAAAUUUUGUUUGAACUCUCUACGAUAUUGAUAUUUUGAACACUAUUUUAACAGUAAAAAUAUUUUGUUUUUGUAAAUUUUGUUUAUAAAGUCGAUAUUUAUAUAAUGUUGUUAUUUUCUAGAACAGGAUCGCCUUUCAGCAUACAAUGGGUCCACAUCAACAAGGACACAUGUUAUUGUGAUAAUGUUGUAUAUAUUAUUUAUAAAUACAUUUUUCAUCAAUAAAUUGUGUAAUAAUGUAUUUCUCAUGCAUACAAAUUCUG